ACGCAGCGACUAAUAGGAGCGAAGAUACAAUGAAAAAUGUGGAAAAAACAGUGCAGGUAAAAUCAUAGCUUAAAUCUUCUAACCACGCGGACGAAGUCGCGGGCAACAGCUAGUUUUAUAAUAAUUCGAACUGUUGUCAAUUACUUCUUAUUGACAUUUCAUUUGCACUAUCACACAGCUGCCAGCACGAUAUCUAGUCACGUAAAUAGAUUCGCAACUCCAACUUCCUUGCUCGGAACACGACACUUUGUCGCUUUAUUUAAUUAGUCUUUCAUUAGCAUUGUCAAUUACUUAACUAGUUGGUAGUUUAAUGUAAACGAUGUUUACAAAUUGUGAUAAACUUUAACACGAGUGAAUCGUCUGUUGUGAGCAGUUUUGACAGAUGAUUAAAUGCCAACAAUUGUACAGCCGGUGACAGAAGUCGGAGUGACAAAUUAAAAUAAUUUACUUUUAAAUAAGCAGUCUUGAAAUAGCUGUUUUACCAGAUUGUUUACUUAUUUAUGCCUACCACAAUCGGGCAUUUUUUGAAGAACAAUAUUGUACCACUAUUAUUUUUUUUGAACACUGUGUGUAUGCUACGUGUUUUCUAUUCGUUUAACAAAACAGGCACAUAUUUCGGGAAGAAAGACAAAUUCGUAUUAUUUUGGAUAGGCUCUGCUGCUAUUUGCAUUCACUUACAUUGCUUAUACAAACAUACUAAAGUCUGAUUCAAAUACAAAUAGUUCAAAUAUUUUAUUAAAAACUCCUUUUUAAACAAAAACAAAACAAAAAAACGGGUUCCAUUUUCAAACUGCAUAUCACCGCUCCAACUAGUUGUACAAGUCUCCUGAGUGUGACGCGAUCAGUCGCCCUCGGGACCCCGCCAUGACCGAGUGUCUGUAACUUCUGUAAGUGAUAAGUGAGUGAUACUGUUGCGAGUGUGAACUGUGGUAGGGUACUGUGAUUUAUUGUAGAGAUAAACUCCAAAAUUGAAAAUACUAUGACAUAGUGUUCCGCGAAGUGUUUUUUAUAAUUAAAAAAAAUGACUUCCCGACAAAGUCGUGCAUCUGCUGCGGCGGUCAGUGCAAUACUGACGCUAAUAGUGUGUGCAAUGUAUAAGGUAGCUUCGGCAGAGGGAAGGGAUGAACCACACAAGUUCACAAUUGAAGAACUUCUGUCCACGCACUUCGAACACAAAGACUCCGGUGACCUUGGAAUGGACCCUUGUAAAGCUGAUAACUUCCAAGGUGACAUCGCUAUACCGAACGUGGACUACUUAAAGCCCCCGACUCCAGCUCCCGUUAACAAAAUCAAUAAAUCAUUGCAAGAAGAAGUUGAGAGGUUGAAGAAAGAGGUGCUAUUAGAAGGGCUACAAGUAGAAGAGGAGGGACUUCCUGAUAUUUUGAGGAAGAGAACAAAACAGCCGCUGCCUUUGUCACAGCAGAAGCCGAAGAAAUAUAACGAUGCCGUGUUAAUGACUAAGGUUCUACCUCCCGGAUUAGAUAAAUCGAUGUUGUUAAAAAACGGCAAAUUGCCUCCGGAUGAAAUGUUGGAUACUUACACUAAUGUGACUAAUCAAACGAAAUCAGAGCUCUUGAACCAAACAAUGAUCCAAGAUAAUCUUACUGAAUCAGAUAGUUUGGAACAAGAUGGUGUUUUAGUUGUUAAUGUUUCAACUAACAACAUACUGAAUUUGGACGAAUUAUAUCCAUACAUUCAGAUUUCUAACGUUUCGAACAAAAUGGAUGAGAUCACAAAUAAAAUACAGAGUAACAGUCGAGAGAUUACAGGUGACUCAAAAAAUAAUUUAAAAUUCAAAGACAUGCCUGAGAAUAUAACGAUUGCUCCUGCUCCCACUAAUGGUGUUUUGCCAUCGAGUGAGCAAGACGAAGAUAAACUGAUCAAUAAAACUGAUAUGGAUGUGAUUGGCAAGUUGCUGGAACCUAAUUUGUUAAGACCUACUGAAAGCCUACAAAAUUUGAUGGAGGAGUUCGGUGGCAGAAAAAUCAAUAGACGAAGAAGACGGAGACACGGUAAUGGGAGACGGUUAAGAAACGUACACUCAAGUGAAAGGUCAGGACAAAAUGCUCUAAACACAUCAGACGCAAAACCAGAAACGCGAUUUGUUAGGAAAAAGUUUUUUCGUCACCACAAGAAGCAUAGCACUGAGGAACACGCAGAGAAGAAAUUUGAAAUUCCCGAACAUGAAUUUGAAGAAAGAUUUGAAGUGAAACCUCCUCCGAAAGUAAAUGUCAAUGUAACCGAAACAAAGCAGUUUAGUGACUGGUUUUUUCGAGAUGAUAUGGAAGAUUUAGAGGCUUCUGAUAGUAGUUCCUACAACGCAACUGAAGCAAAAAAGCGUCACCGCUCUAUACGUGCUGCAACGAACCGAAAAGAAAGGAUUUGGGAGAACGGCGUGAUCCCGUACGAAAUCGACGGGAAUUUCAGCGGAGCUCACAAGUCUUUAUUCAAGCAAGCCAUGAGGCACUGGGAGAACUUUACUUGUGUGAAAUUCGUCGAGAGGGAAGCAGAACUGCAUAAAGACUACAUAGUGUUCACUGAAAGGCCUUGUGGAUGCUGUUCAUUCGUCGGCAAGCGUGGUAGCGGUGCUCAAGCUAUAUCCAUCGGCAAGAACUGCGAUAAGUUCGGUAUUGUUGUGCAUGAGCUGGGUCACGUGGUCGGCUUCUGGCACGAGCAUACGAGACCUGAUCGAGAUCGGCACGUGCAGAUAAUACGGGAUAAUAUAAUGCUGGGCCAAGAAUACAACUUCAACAAACUGACUGAAGAAGAAGUGAAUUCUCUAGGACAGACAUAUGAUUACGAUUCCAUAAUGCAUUACGCGAGAAAUACGUUCAGCAAGGGAACGUACUUGGAUACCAUAUUGCCGCUAGAGGUCCAUGGGAAGAAACGGCCGGAGAUCGGGCAGCGAGUGCGGCUGAGUGCCAGUGAUAUAGCGCAGACUAAUCUACUGUAUAAGUGUGCAAAGUGUGGGAAGACAUUGCUUAGUAACUCUGGCUGGUUCAACUCGCCCGGGUGGGGCAGUGAGACGCCGCCGACGACGCCGGAGCGCUGUGAGUGGCGUAUCGUCGCGACGCAUGGAGAAAGAGUCGUAUUGAAUAUAACUGAAAUAGACAUCCAUAAGUCUGAAGAAUGCCGAACCGAGUGGGUGGAGAUUCGAGAUGGAUACAUGCCAGAUGCUCCUGUUCUUGGCAGGAUCUGUGGGUCGGGGAAAGGCCCGAUGAUGCGGUCGACUGGUUCAAGACUCACUGUUGUGUACCAGCCUGGACCGAGGCCUAAACCUCAUCGGGGAUUUAGGGCGUUUUAUGAAGCUGUAUGCGGUGGAGAUAUAGAAGUGGACAGUACUGGACAUCUGGAAUCACCUAAUUACCCUGACGACUAUCAACCCAAUAAGCUUUGUGUUUGGCGGCUCUCUGUACCCCAGGAUUAUCAAGUAGCACUGAGAUUCCAUUCGUUCGAAGUGGAAAACCAUGAUACUUGCUCAUACGAUAAAGUGAAGGUUAGAGAUGGUGACUCCAUGGACAGCCCACUUAUCGGCAUGUUUUGCGGACAUAAAAUCCCACCAGACAUAAGAUCUACCUCAAACAAACUACUAGUCAUCUUCGAAUCAGACAGCACCGUCCAGAAGGCUGGUUUCUCAGCAACUUUCAUGAAGGAGUUCGAUGAAUGUGCUUCUAUUGAGCAUGGAUGCAGUCACUCCUGUGUAAACACGCUAGGAGGAUACGAGUGUGCGUGCAAUAUUGGAUUUGAACUGCAUUCUGAUGGAAAGAAGUGUGAAAAUGCUUGCGGAGGCUCGCUCUACGCACCUAAUGGGACCAUCACGUCUCCGUCCUUCCCUGAUCUCUACCCACCGUCCAAGAACUGUUUAUGGGAGAUCGUCGCACCGCCACAGCACCGGAUCACACUCAACUUCACACACUUUGACUUAGAAGGAAAUAAUAUGUACCAACAGGAAUGUGAAUAUGACAGCGUCACGGUACACUCGAAGUUAGGAGCUGAUGUUCUGAGGCGGCACGGAGUGUACUGCGGUUCUGCAUUGCCACCGCCAGUUACUUCUGAUGGAUCUGUAUUGAGAGUUCAGUUCACAUCGGACGGUUCAGUCCAUCGUUCUGGUUUCGCUGCAGCCUACUACAUAGAUGUAGACGAAUGCGCUGAAAACAAUGGCGGAUGCCAGCACGAGUGUAGGAACACACUGGGAGGCUACGAGUGCGCUUGCUACAGCGGCUUCACUUUACACCCCAACAAUCAUGACUGCAAGGAAGGCGGCUGCAAGCAUGACGUUACUCAACCACAUGGCACCAUUUUCAGUCCAAACUAUCCGUUAACAUACCCACCGAGAAAGGACUGCGUUUGGCAAUUCUCUACAACUCCAGGACAUCGAAUCAAGCUGAUCUUCCAGAAGUUUGAAUUGGAACCCCAUCCCGAAUGUGCGUACGACUACGUGACCAUAUACGACGGUGCUUCAGCGGAAGAAAAGACGCUGGGCCUGUUCUGUGGCAACAGACUUCCACAUCCAAUAGUUGCGUCACAAAACCAGAUGUACGUUGUAUUCAAGUCUGAUGGAUCUGUACAGAGAAACGGCUUCCUUGCUAAUCAUUCAACGGCCUGUGGCGGUUAUCUAGCAGCAACAGAAGCUGUCCAACAUCUUUACUCUCAUGCACGAUAUGGUGAUAACGCAUACGAGUCAAGGGCUAACUGUGAUUGGAACAUUGAAGCUCCUAGGAACCAUUUCGUGCAACUGACGUUUUUAACCUUUGAGUUAGAACCUGAAGUUAACUGCCGCUAUGACUACGUGCAAGUAUUUGGUGGCUUGGACGGUAGUAGAGGAAGCUACGGCACCUUCUGUGGAACUAAGAUGCCGCCUGAAAUUGUUUCUACUUCAGAAGCCCUUCUAAUUAAAUUCCGAACUGACGAUUCCUUAGUUUUCAAAGGCUUCUCAGCAUCAUAUCAAAUAGUAAAACCGGUAUGGAGUGAAGAGGACAGCGUGGAAGGUGCAGAAUAUGAUGAAGAAGAAGAUGAGAGGAUGCCUCCUUUGGUAGUUGGCAGGAGGGGACUGCGAGCGCCCUCGCCAAGGUUCGUUCGACGACCUACGUGACGCUGGUCGGUGCCCCGACACCCCAGACACCGGCGACCGCACCGCAAUAGCCGGAUCUAAUCGGAUCGCAUUACGGUUUUUCAUUAAAUUUUCAGCCGGCAACACCAAGUCGGUCGUUACCGGCAAAAUGACGUUUAAAAAUGUAGCAUUUUUGACAUUUUAUUCUUGCCAUAGUUUUAAGUUGCAAUACCUUUUAAUUUAAAUAUAUUUUAAACAACUUCAAAUUCAAGACAUAUGAUUGUUAUUAAAUCCGGUCAAUUAUUGUUAAAGAAAAACUGCUUGCAUUUUUAAUUUAACGACUGAAAGAAAAUGUAAAUAAACUAAUAUUCCUAGUCUAACAUUAUUUAGGUCUAUUACUUAAAAUAGUGGUUACCGUACAAUGCUCGAACGAAAGUGUAUGAACUGCAUAAUAUUUGUAAGAAUGGUACAUGACGUUACUUAUUAUCUUAUGCUUAUCAUAAUAAAAACAUAAUAAAAUAAACAUUUUUACCAAAGAUACAAUGUUCAUUGUAGUAAAAUGAAUAGAUACUAUAAUUAAGUAAGAUGUGAUUUUUUUUUAUGAUAUAUUUCUUUUUUAAAUAGUGAACAGCUAUUAAAUUAAUAGAAAAACGCACAUAGAAUCAUUUUUCCAUUUACAUGCAUGUAAACAUGACUUAUCUAUGUAAUAAAAUUAGUGAUAGAAUUUGAGACAAUAUAUAAACUUAAGCGUUAUUUUAAGAUGUAAAAAGGUAGUUUUUAAUAGGUAUUCAGUUCAUAUCAAUAUUCGAAUACUUUUAUUGUAUACUAGUAGAUAAGUAUUUUGCUGAUAACGUUUUUCUUCUAUAAUGCGUGUUUCGGUUAAAAUCGCAGAUUAAUCAUCAUUUAUGUAACAGUAAUUUGAAUGCCAAAGCAAUGCACCAAAUGUCAAACUAUUUUUUAAUUUUAUAACUGUACCUUUAUGCUGUUGUUAGCAAGUACAAUAUUUACUAGAUUCAAUUUAUGGUAGCAAUUAGAAUAAUAACCGCUCAUUACGCAAGUAAUUAUCUUAAGUACCCUUUUUCUAUGUUACUGUACUUAAAUACCUAAUCCUUGACAAGUAAUAAAAUAUAAUCUCAAAAAUUGUUUCGUCUUAUAAUCAGUGUCUGGUGUUAACUAUUAAAAUUAUUAUCAUUAAUAAAUUCCUUUCACAAUAUUAUACAAAUUAUCAUUGUGCCAAUAUAUAUGGGAUACUUAGUUGAUGUUAAUGCCAUAGUGUAUGAUAGGCUAGUGUUUUAUAACUUAAUCAUGAAUAUUUAUACGUAGAAAUGUUAUUUUUAUUAAAAUGCGAAGAAACAUAA